AUGUUUAAGCUGUGUGGACUCCAGUUUCUGCUUGUUAUUCACUUGGCUGUGUGCCAGAAUCUGGGGGACUUGCACGUAACUGGGCCUCUGAAGGAUGUGGAUUUCUCUGUUCCAGAAGGAGGAGGAGUGCGCUUCAUUUACCAGUUCACGUCCAAGCCGCCUGCUGUGCUUUUUAGACUGACUGGGGAAACAGAUGGAGUCAUUGAAAUGGCACCAAAGGAAGGAAUCCUCUAUCUCAAUGGAUCUCUGGACUGGGAGACCAAAACAGAGCACAGGCUACAGGUGGAAAGCCUGGAUGAAAAGGGGAGCGUGGUGGAAGGGCCAUACGCUGUUACAAUCCAUGUAACGGACAUCAAUGACAACCCACCUGAAUUUGACCAGCCACAGUACACUGGAGUAGUGAGGCAGAACUCCCGUCCAGGCAAGCCCUUCAUGUAUGUCCACGCCACUGACCGCGAUGAUCCUACAACUCCCCACGCACAGGUGACCUACAGCAUUCUCCAUCACUUUCCCAACCCUUACCCAGAAAUGCUUUUCCAGAUUGAUAGUGUCACUGGAGCAAUCUCACCUAGCAGGACAGGCUCUUACUACUUAGAUCCUCAAAAGCAGGACACCUUCACGCUGGUCGUCACUGCAAAGGACAUGGCUGGGAUGACAGCAAAUGCUUUCACCAGCAGCACUGAUGUGAUCAUCACGGUGAAGGAGAGCCUGUGGAAAGCUCCCUCCACUAUCUACAUAAAAGAAAACUCAACCCAAGUCCACCCUGUCAACAUCAGCCAGGUGCACUCAAAUGACCCAGAUGUCAUUUAUGAUGUUUUUGAGAAGGAAAAGUCACCCAGACUCCCAUUUUCCAUUGACAAGGAUGGGGUCAUUUAUGUGACUGAACCACUGGACAGGGAAAAAAAGGAUACUUAUAAUUUCUAUGUGGUCACAAAAGAUAAAGAGGGAGAACUGGUGGACAAGCCUCUGCAGAUUCAUGUUGUUGUGGAAGACAUUAAUGACAAUCCCCCUGUGUGCCAGCAUGCCCUCACUGUACUGGAAGUUCAAGAAAAUGAAGGUGGAGGCAGCAAUAUCGGCUCUGUGCUUGCCACGGACAUGGAUCAGGAGGACACCCUUAACUCUCGCCUGCAAUUCAGCAUUGCAAGUCAGGUUCCUGCUCUUCCUGACAGCAAUCUGUUCUUCAUUCAGAAGGAAACUGGGGUUUUGCAGUUAACCAGCCAGUCCUUAAACAAGCGCAUUGCAUCCAACUACACCUUGAAGGUGCUGGUGUCAGAUCCAGUGUUCCAAACGAUCUGCGAGGUGCAAGUGCAUGUCAUUGACAUCAACGACCAGAUUCCCAUCUUUGAGAAGUCAGAUUAUGACAGUGUGACUGUUGCUGAAAAUCUCCCAGUAGGAACAGUGCUCCUAGAAAUUCAAGCUACAGAUGGAGAUGAGCCUGGCACAGGGAGCUCCUACAUCAUUUACCAAGUGAAGGAGGGAGAUCCAAACAACACCUUCAUCAUAGAGACAGAUCCUGAAACAAACCGAGGGUUCCUUAAGGUGAACAAGGCUCUUGAUUUUGAAGCAGCUCCAGUCUACAACCUGGUGAUCAACGCCACAAACCCCGAGCCGCUAGUGGAAGGGGUGCAGUACAACUCCAGCUCCCUUGCCUCCUUCAAAGUCUUUGUGACAGAUGUGGAUGAGCCACCUGUUUUCCACAAGCCUGUGUACAGAGAAGAAGUGUCUGAAGACAUCCCUGUCAACACCCUGCUCGUGGUGGUGGAGGCCUAUGAUCCCGAGGGGGAUGCUGUACGAUACUCCUUGGAAGGUGAUGUGAGGGGCUGGCUGAAGAUUGACCCAGCCACUGGGCAGGUACACACUGCUUCUGCUUUGGAUCGAGAGCAACAGGAGAUAUACACAGUGGAUGUUGUUGCAUCAGAGAUGAACAAUGCAGCUCAGCAAUCCAGGGCAACUCUGGUGCUGCACUUAAAAGAUGUUAAUGACAACCCUCCACGCUUGGACACAGAUAAUCCUCCUUUCUUCUGCUACCCACUCAGUGGAGGAGAGAGAGCUUUGAUCCAAGCUGUGGAUGCUGAUGAACUGUGGUGGUACUCAUCAUUCAGCUUUUCUCUGGCUGAUGAUUUGCCUGCAAGAAGUAACUGGGAAAUCUCAAAAUUCAAUGCUACUCAUGCCUACCUCUCUCCAAAGCACACACAAUUUGAAGAGAAGGUCUACUAUGUUCCAGUGACAAUCAAUGACAAUGGAAAGCCACCUUUGGAAGGAAAAGUGAAUCUUGGAGUGAACAUCUGCAAGUGUUCGAGUGAGAAGUCAUGUUUCAUUGAAGUGCAACGUGAGCACUCCUGGCCAACUGCUGGCCAGGCAUUUGGGAUUCUCUUUGGAGUCCUGCUUGUCAUUGGUGCCAUCGUGGGAGGUGCAUUUUGGCAUAUGAGACGCAAGGAGAAAGAUGAAAAUAAAAGCCAGGAGAAAGAUGCAAAGGACAAGUCUGAACUGAACAGGCUGGCUUAGUGACUGCUCCAUCCACGGUCAGACAUGCCCUUUGUGCUGGGAAGGAGUGAACUGGUGAGCUCCCAGAGCCCAAAAGUGCACUAUCACAAACUGAGGAUACAAAAGCAGGCUCCCAGGGGUCGAUCCUCACUUUGGUAGGUAACACUCUUCAGUCAGGAAACCACAAACCCAAGCAGCAGCCUUUCAUAGCAAUAUUGGCUUUGACUGAAGUGUUAACUCACGACACCACCAAACGCUGAGCUCCUGCAAAGAUCAAUCCAUGGGACCAGCCUUCUUUGUUUGGCAGCUGAAGAAAAUGUGGACUCUCCAGAGGACUGCAUUUUAUCUUACUGCACAUCUUCAGCCCUUUCCAUCUCAGUAAGUUACUGAACAGCAGAACGAGGCACAAAGUCCUGUGCUACGUUUAGAGAUGCCCCACGAAGCUGCAGGGACCUCUUCACCUCUCAGCAAAAGAGCUCCUAAAUUCACUGCAAUUGGUAGUCUGCCCCAGGUCAUAGCUGCUUACAUUAUGCUGAUAAUAUUCCUUAUCAGAGUGACAUUUCAGGGUUUCAUUGUUGCUGUCCACAGAGUAUAACCAGUUUGUGAAGCACCAUGGCCUUUCCUUACUGUUUCUAAGUUAAAAGAAAUAGAUACUGAGUCAGGUGGUCUUGGGUAGUGUGCUGUUCUGUCAUACUGCUGCAAAAGCUGUUCUUGCCUCCUACACCUUAGAGAAGAAUUAAAAUGUUUGU